AUGAGUAGACGCGUCCGCUUCCUCUUCUCCAUCGCCGCAGCCAUCGCCGCGGCCUCCCUCCUCGCCGCCUCGCUCCGCCGCCGCGCGCAGCCGCCCCGCCUCCCCGGCCCCAUGGCGGCCCGCAACCGGAGCUUCGUGCUGUGGCUGCACGGCCUCGGCGACUCCGGCCCCGCCAACGAGCCCAUCCGCACCUUCUUCGCCGCGCCGGAGUUCCGCCACACCAAGUGGGCGUUCCCCUCCGCCCCCAACUCCCCCGUCUCCUGCAACAAUGGCGCCGUGAUGCCAUCAUGGUUCGAUAUCCACGAGCUGCCUUUGAGCCCUGGUUCGCCGCAAGAUGAGAGCGGUGUUCUUAAGGCUGUGGAGAAUGUGCACGCCAUGAUCGACAGGGAGGUGGCCGCUGGCAUCCAUCCUGACAACAUAUUUGUGUGCGGGUUCAGUCAGGGAGGUGCUCUGACAUUAGCAAGUGUUUUGCUUUAUCCGAAGACGCUAGGUGGUGGUGCCGUGUUCAGUGGCUGGGUCCCUUUCGGUUCGUCGGUCAUUGAGAGGAUUUCACCCGAAGCAAGGAAGACACCUAUUCUGUGGUCGCAUGGAAUAGCUGAUCAAGUGGUAUUAUUUGAAGCCGGUCAGGCCGGCCCACCAUUUUUGCAAAGUGCAGGCAUCAGUUGUGAAUUUAAGGCAUACCCAAAUCUAGGCCACUCGAUCGCAAAGGAAGAGCUAUCCUCUCUCGAGGCGUGGAUCAAGGGUCGUCUCAAAGCCUCACAAGAUAAGCAAAGUUAA